AAAUUUGAGAUUGCAUAUCUAGGAAUAGAUCCAGCUAUGGCAACAGCAGAGUUUUGUUUACCUCGCUGCAGCUCACCUGUUACGUGCACCUGUAGGCCUAUGUCACGCUCAUAUCUGUUCAGCAAUCCAGAAAACAUAACCAGGAAGAAGAAAAGUUUGACAGGAGUCGCAUGACGUUGACGUCAUUUGGAAUGUGCGGACUACAGAUGCAUUGUCAGAAAUAAUUGAACUGAAAACAAAUUGAGAGACCCCAGAGCUGCAUAAAAAUGCUCCGUUUUUUCUGCAGUUGCUGCUUCUCAAGUGAAAACUCCGCCAACGAGAGGCAGCCUCUCCUGCACCCCAGACCAUCUGACCUGAAUGAAGCUAUAUCAGCCAGGCAGACCCGGCCAACACACAGUGAUGCGCAGAUCGUGAUGCGGAUUGGCAGGCUGGUGAUGAGGCAAUUGUGUGUGCCAGAGUUGGACCAGAGGUUUUCUGACAUGGCCGAGACCUUCAAUGAACAGCACGAGCGCUAUGAGGCCAUGGUCCGACAUAUCACCAACCUGCGUCAGAGCUACGGCUGUAACCAAAAUGAUACAAUGGCUUUAACCGAAUGUGUGGGGAUGAUCAGAGAUGAGCAUGAGGCAAGGUACAGGGUCUCCCUUCAGAUGAAGGGCUAUGACUUCUCCCUCAAUGUGGUUCCUGUGGGUGAAAGUGAGGAGGAACCACUGCCUCCACAUCUGUCAUUGGCACAGGAUGAAGUGAAGGGCACUUCUGAGAGCGUCAAAGCUAUCAUCUCAAAAGGUACCACACUUCAAGAGUUGAUUGGCUGGCUGCUCCGUAGUAAGGAUCAAAUCGCUGAGCAGGUGAAAGGGGCUGCAGAAACUUACCAGGAGCAAGGAAGACUGAAUGAGAACCUGAAGGAGAACCUGAAGGAAGUGAGAAGGGCGAAGGAGUUGUCGCUGGGAUAUAAACAACGGGCCGGGGAAGUCCUCACUGAGGCUGCACAAAUAGCAGGGGCUUAUUUGUAGUUCAUGCAGAUUUUAGAUACUUAAUUUGAAUCCAACAAUAACAAUACGCAGUACACUCUUUGAACAUUAUGGACACAGAACGUCAUGCAUGUAUUUAAAUGUACCAAGUAUACUCUCUGCUUUGCAGGCCAUUGCAGCAUCAUGUGUGUUAUAAGAACACAAAGACUAACGAUGAUAUCUACCUUUUAAAUGUUUCAUUAACAUUUUAAUAAAUAUAGCAAAGACUCACUUUAACACUUAACAUAUGUUGUCUGUGUAAAAACUUACAGCAUUUUCCUGGAUUGGUGUAAUCUUACCAGCUAACAUUAGGGGGCAUUGCAGACUCACUUUACUAUUCCAACAGUUGCUCUUUGACUCAUAGUCCUCAGAUGUAUUCUGUUUCUCAGAAAUUACACUAUGUUGAUAAAGAUUCCCUUAAUUCCAGAAUCAAUAAUCAAAAUAAUGAAUGUAUUUCUAUUCUUUAGACGUUUGUACUUGAUUAGACACUUUUUUGUUGCAAAAUUUGGAUAGAUUUUGCAGGAGUAUGCUGGUUGUGAACUGCACUGGAUUAUACAUACAUAUAUACAAUUGUUCUAUAAUGCAACAGGGGACAGGACACAGUCUCCUAUAGCAGCAAUAGAAAUUGGACCCGAGAUUUGUUGUGAUUGUGAUUGUGCUUGUAGUGUUUUGUUAUUUUAACAUUCAGAGGAAACAUUUGCUAAAUAUUAUCCACAAAAACCCAUGCAUUUAUUAAUUGAUUAAAACCACAGCUUCCCAUCUGCUAUUAAUGUGAAAGCAGACAAACACAUGGUCAUAUGCCAUCUUGAUAAUUAAUUUUGGAAAAUCCAUUGUUCCAGAGGUCAUUGUCAAGUGGUCAUGCAUUAUUUAUCAGAUUAGAGUCCUGCUUUUGCCUUAUAAACUUUACAGAUUAAUUUGGCAUAAAGUAUGCAAGGAUGUGGUAGGUAAAACCUGACAAUUAGUUGCUCAUCUAAAUGGAAAAAGGUAUGGGAAAUAAAACAAGUAAAUUGACAACAUUUAAUAGAAAAAAAUGGUAUAUGUUUAAUAAAGGAAAACUGUAUUA